AUGAGGAAAUUCAACAUCAGGAAGGUGCUGGACGGCCUGACCGCCGGCUCGUCCUCGGCCUCGCAGCAGCAGCAGCAGCAGCAGCACCCACCUGGGAACCGGGAGCCCGAGAUCCAGGAAACGCUCCAGUCCGAGCACUUUCAGCUCUGCAAGACUGUUCGCCAUGGAUUUCCCUAUCAACCCUCAGCGCUGGCCUUUGAUCCUGUGCAGAAGAUCCUGGCAGUGGGAACUCAGACUGGUGCUUUAAGGCUCUUCGGUCGCCCAGGGGUAGAAUGCUACUGCCAGCAUGACAGUGGGGCUGCGGUAAUCCAGCUCCAGUUCCUGAUGAACGAGGGAGCUCUUGUGAGUGCCUUGGCUGAUGACACCUUACAUUUAUGGAAUUUACGUCAAAAGAGACCUGCCAUACUACAUUCACUUAAAUUUUGCAGGGAAAGGGUUACAUUUUGCCAUCUGCCUUUCCAGAGUAAGUGGCUCUAUGUGGGCACUGAACGAGGUAACAUACAUAUUGUCAACGUGGAGUCCUUCACGCUCUCAGGCUACGUCAUUAUGUGGAAUAAAGCCAUUGAAUUGUCAUCUAAAUCUCACCCAGGGCCUGUUGUCCAUAUAAGUGAUAAUCCAAUGGAUGAAGGAAAGCUUUUGAUUGGCUUUGAAUCUGGAACAGUAGUGUUAUGGGACCUCAAGUCAAAGAAAGCCGACUAUAGAUACACCUACGAUGAGGCUAUCCACUCUGUUGCUUGGCAUCAUGAAGGAAAACAAUUUAUUUGCAGUCAUUCAGAUGGCACCUUGACUAUAUGGAAUGUGAGAUCCCCUGCGAAGCCUGUGCAGACCAUAACUCCACAUGGAAAACAGUUAAAGGAUGGGAAGAAGCCAGAACCGUGCAAACCUAUCCUCAAGGUGGAAUUCAAAACGACUAGAUCUGGGGAACCUUUUAUUAUUUUAUCAGGAGGUUUGUCGUAUGAUACUGUAGGAAGAAGACCUUGCUUAACAGUAAUGCAUGGGAAAAGUACUGCAGUGCUAGAAAUGGACUACUCAAUUGUUGACUUUCUGACGCUGUGUGAAACGCCAUACCCAAAUGAUUUUCAAGAACCAUAUGCUGUGGUUGUUCUACUAGAAAAGGAUUUAGUACUAAUAGACCUUGCACAGAAUGGAUAUCCUAUAUUUGAAAAUCCCUACCCUUUGAGUAUACAUGAAUCCCCUGUUACAUGUUGCGAAUAUUUUGCUGAUUGUCCCGUGGACCUUAUUCCUGCACUUUACUCUGUUGGAGCUAGACAGAAACGUCAAGGCUACAGCAAAAAGGAAUGGCCCAUUAAUGGAGGUAAUUGGGGCUUGGGUUCUCAAAGCUACCCAGAAAUAAUUAUUACAGGGCAUGCUGAUGGGUCGAUUAAGUUCUGGGAUGCUUCUGCGAUAACUCUACAAGUAUUAUAUAAACUAAAGACAUCUAAAGUAUUUGAGAAGUCAAGAAAUAAAGAUGAGAAGCCAAACACAGACAUUGUAGAUGAAGAUCCAUAUGCCAUUCAGAUCAUCUCCUGGUGUCCCGAAAGUAGAAUGCUGUGCAUAGCUGGAGUUUCAGCUCAUGUCAUUAUUUAUAGAUUCAGCAAACAGGAAGUGAUUACAGAAGUCAUUCCGAUGCUUGAAGUUCGGUUGUUGUAUGAGAUAAGUGAUGUGGAAACCCCAGAGGGUGAACAGGCUCCACCCUUGCCAACACCGGUUGGGAGUGCCAAUCCACAGCCCAUCCCUCCUCAGUCUCAUCCUUCUACCAGUAGCAGUUCAUCUGAUGGGCUUCGGGACAAUGUCCCUUGUUUGAAAGUUAAAAGUUCUCCACUUAAACAGUCUCCAGGUUAUCAGACAGAAUUAGUUAUACAGUUGGUGUGGGUGGGUGGAGAACCACCACAACAAAUAACCAGUCUGGCAGUUAAUUCUUCCUAUGGAUUGGUAGUUUUUGGCAAUUGUAAUGGUAUUGCGAUGGUUGACUACCUCCAGAAAGCAGUACUCCUCAACCUGGGCACUAUUGAAUUGUAUGGCUCCAAUGAUCCUUAUCGGCGAGAACCCCGAUCUCCUCGUAAAUCUCGACAACCUUCAGGAGCAGGUCUGUGCGAUAUUAGUGAAGGGGCAGUAGUCCCAGAAGAUCGCUGCAAAUCUCCAACUUCUGGUUCUUCAUCACCCCACAAUUCAGAUGAUGAACAAAAAAUGAAUAAUUUUAUAGAAAAGGUGAAGAUCAAAAGCAGAAAGUUUUCCAAGAUGGUAGCCAGUGAUAUAGCAAAAAUGUCAAGGAAGUUAAGCUUGCCUACUGACCUAAAGCCUGACUUAGACAUAAAAGAUAACUCCUUCAGCCGAUCCCGGAGCUCAAGUGUGACCAGCAUUGACAAAGAAUCCCGGGAAGCAAUCUCCGCUCUUCAUUUCUGUGAGACUUUUACUCGAAAGACAGAUUCAGCCCCUUCCCCGUGUCUGUGGGUCGGCACCACGCUGGGAACAGUGCUGGCCGUCGCACUGAACCUUCCCCCCGGAGGGGAGCAAAGGCUUCUUCAGCCAGUGAUUGUGUCUCCGAGCGGUACAAUAUUGAGGUUAAAGGGGGCGAUCCUGAGAAUGGCCUUCCUGGACUCCACAGGCUGCCUCGUGCCACCUGCACAUGAACCCUGGAAGGAACACAACGUCCCUGAAGAAAAGGAUGAGAAAGAGAAAGUGAAGAAAAGAAGACCUGUCUCUGUAUCUCCCUCCUCUUCUCAGGAAAUCAGUGAAAACCAGUAUGCAGUGAUAUGUUCUGAAAAGCAAGCAAAAGUGAUCUCAUUGCCAACCCAGAACUGUGCUUACAAGCAGAACAUCACAGAGACUUCAUUUGUGCUUCGUGGAGACAUUGUAUCAUUAAGCAACAGCAUCUGCCUUGCCUGCUUCUGUGCCAAUGGACACAUUAUGACUUUUAGUCUUCCGAGUUUACGGCCUCUCCUGGAUGUGUAUUACCUGCCUCUUACCAACAUGCGGAUAGCCAGAACGUUCUGCUUCACCAACAAUGGACAAGCCUUGUAUCUUGUCUCACCUACAGAAAUCCAGAGACUCACUUACAGUCAAGAAACCUGUGAGAAUCUUCAGGAAAUGUUGGGUGAACUCUUCACUCCUGUAGAAACACCUGAAGCACCAAACAGGGGAUUCUUUAAAGGCUUGUUUGGAGGUGGUGCACAAUCUCUUGAUAGAGAAGAACUGUUUGGAGAGUCGUCCUCAGGAAAGGCUUCAAGGAGUCUUGCUCAGCACAUCCCUGGUCCUGGGGGCAUUGAGGGCGUGAAAGGAGCCGCAUCUGGAGUUGUUGGGGAACUCGCCCGAGCCAGGCUGGCACUCGACGAGAGAGGGCAGAAACUCAGCGACCUGGAGGAAAGAACUGCAGCGAUGUUAUCCAGUGCAGAUUCAUUCUCUAAACAUGCUCACGAGAUGAUGUUGAAAUACAAAGAUAAGAAGUGGUACCAGUUCUGA